AUGGCGAGCAGAGAAGGGAUUGAAGAGCUUCUGCUCGCAAAUGAUGGAUCAGCAGCAAGUGCGUCUGCUCAGGACCUUGGCUCCAAGGUCUCCGUCGAGACCGGGACGUACAUCAGUGACAGGGGCAAAUAUUCGGAGCUAGACUCGCAGCCUGGAAUUCAAGAUCACCUAUCCUCCUUCUUUGCAAAGUUCCCUCUCUCCAUCGUAUGUUUUGUCUGCACAUCGGUCGUCUGUGCCGCGGCCAACUUCUUCGAUGCCGUCCCAGAGUUCAACUGGCAGAGCUGGUUAACCAUCUGCGUUACGAUUGGAGCUUUGCUGCUCAUGGCCAACAACUGCCCCCCUGAGUUGGUCAUGCUGGCCGUCACGAUCAUCCUGCGGCUCUUCAACGUCAUCAACGACGACCAGGCAUGGAGCGGGUUCCAUUCCCAGGGCAUCCUCGCCAUCGGAGUGCUCCUGGUUGUGGUGAAGUGCCUGGAGGAAGCAGGGACGAUCGAGAUGGUGGUUGGCAACUUUCUUGGACGCACGUCCAACCCGACCAUCGCAAUCUGCCGCCUCUGCUGCCCUGUGGUCAUGACCUCCGCGUUCAUCAACAACACCCCAGUCGUUGCCAUGAUGAUCCCGAUCGUGCUCAAGUGGGCUAACGCAAACCAGCUGCCCCCCUCCCAGCUCCUGAUCCCGCUCUCUUACUCGGCCCUGCUGGGCGGGAUGUGCACGCUGAUUGGAACGAGCACCAACCUCAUCCUGCAAGAGCUCCUCUUGCGAGACAAGGAGGAAGGCCACGACCCCGGCUUCCAAAUGUCCUUCUUCUCCAUCACCCCGGUAGCAGCUCCUGUGGCGGCGGUGGGGCUAAUCUACAUGACGAUAGCUGCAAGGUACCUCCUCCCCCUCGACCGAGAUCGCAACAAGGGCGAGAUGAAGUUGUAUCCCUCCCAGGACUCGUCGAACCUCGGGGGCCUGAGGAUCUACACAGUGUCCUUUGUCAUUACAGCGUUGGCGUCGAGGAAGAGCGCUAGUGCUCUCGGGCUGAAGCGAGUGCAGGGGGCCAAGCUGGUCUCCAUCCAGAAGGGGAGAGCUCUGUCCAGGUCAACGUCUCCUUGCUCGCGCGGCCGCAAUGUUGCGGCUUCUUCUGCCUCCGACACUGCUCAGGAUGCUGCUGGAGAGAUCUCUGAAUCCUCUAGGCCGGACGCUACAGCAGAAGAACCUACCCUCCCCCGUGCUGAAAACGCGCAGGAGGAUCUCAGUCUCUGGGAGCAGCCCCUGCUCGAAGGAGACGUUCUGUCCUUCCUCUGCACUGCCGAUGCGGUUUCCCAGCUUCGAAAGGUCGAGGGCUUGCAGGCUGCCGCUCAUAGCAGGCUGCAUGCCGAACUCAACAGAGCCCCAAAGAGGCGGAGGAGGUGCCUGGUGGAGGUUGUCGUUGACGCCCGUUGCCCUCUCCUCGGGCAGUCGGUGCAGGACGCGGAUACACUGUCCCUGUACAAUGCUGCUAUCUUCGCCGUGAGGCCUAGCUUGACCUCGGACGAGUACUUCCCCCUUCUCUCCGGCAUCCCGCAGCCUCGCCUGCGGUACGAGCGGGAUGGUCGACCGCAGGACAGCGUCCAAGAGGAGCAGGCGGCUGAUGCCCAUCGAGAAUGUUUGAUCAGACGGGGAGACACGCUGCUGCUUGAGACAUACCCCAACUUCGUGACGAACUACAAGGACUCUGAUCACUUCGCUCUCGUCCGCCUGAUUGAUGACAGCGCCCCCCCCCGACACAACCAGUACAAGGAUAGGAUACGGAGACUGGUGGCAGGGACUGUCUUCCUCUGUAUGGUAGUGCUUGUCGCCUCGCAGCAGCUGAGCCUCCUCGUGGCGAUGCUCAUCGCCUCCUACAUCCUCGUCGGCAUUCAGUGCAUCACCAUUCACUCGGCAUUUCGCGCCAUCAAGGGCCGCAUCAUCCUCGCAGCUAUCGCAGCGUUCGGGCUAGGAGAAGGUCUCACCAACACGCACGUCACUUCCAAGCUUGCAGAGGGAAUGGUGUCGAUAGGACAGUCUCUCGGGCCCAUCCCCCUCCUUUUCCUCGUCUACCUCAGCACUGCUUGCAUGAGUUGUAUUGUGAGCAAUCAGGCAACAGUCAUCAUCAUGUAUAGUAUAGUCAAGAACCUCCAGGUCGAGCUAAGUAUGUACAAGUUUGUCGUCGUGCUCAUCAUUGGGGCCUCCUCCUCCUUCAUGACGCCCUUCGGCUAUCAAACAAACCUCAUGGUCUGGCGAGCUGGCGGAUACACGUUCGCCGACUACGUCUACUUCGGAGUCCCGCUGACUUUGAUCACUGGCUUGACGACUUCAGUCUUGUGUCAUCUGUGGAUCCCAUAG